AGCGGGUGAAACGCGAUGCUGCGCGUGGUACACGUGGUCUGUUGUUUACUUCUUCUAGGAACACUGGAAGUGCUGCUGCGCGAGACCUCAACAACUAGAAUGCCUCAUCUUGGAAGUCUGUUUACCCAGUUUCCCCUCAGCCCCAAAGCUUCAGAAACUUCUGCAGGCCAGAGCCCACAUCAGACACCAGAACUACCUGAUUUUUUACAGCAUGUCAGGAAGCUCACUGGACUGAGAAAGGACGAUAUUUACUGCAACCUGCGUGUCCCCGACCAGUUUCAGACCACCAAAGAUGACAUCAACAUUGUUAUCCUUACAGGCCAGGGGAUCUUCUGCAUAGAUGUAAAACCCUGGAGAGGCACAGUGUCGGCUCACAACCAAAGCUGGCAUGUGCAAGUGAAAGAAGAGGACCAAAGCUUUACCAACACCUGCAUUGAGCAGACUGAAGAUCCCCUCAAAGCGAUCAUGACCAAGACAGCCAACUUAUGUGGCCACUUGAAGAGGAGUGGAGUGUGUGUGCGCCAAAGCCUCUUCUUCCCCAGGGUUAUCUUCCUGUCUCCAGACUGUGAGUUGGAUGAGGAGCUGAGGAAGAGGAGGGAGCUGGUCUCCCACAGCCAGAUAGACGACUUCCUCAGAUCAUUCAGGGAGGGCUACAUGGCCUGGAUAUCAGAUGCACUGACUCCAUCCUGGCUCUCUGGUCAUCUGUCGUACAGGCAGAUGGAGUCAGUGCGGGAGGUCCUGAGGAGGGUGGGAACGUGGGAUGUGGUGCGGCUGCAUGGCGGCGAGCAGCUGAAAGGAGACUACCAGAGCUGCCAGUACGUCGCUCUCAACCGACAGGAGACAGACACGCUCGAGUUUUCCAGAGUCAAGACCCUGUCAGCCGAUUCACUGUGGGCCCUGCUGGGACACACUCCUCAGGGUAGAAGAUCUGCGAUAAGACCCGCAGUUCCACUCAGGCAUCUGUUCGGUUGGUUGGCACCAGAUGCGUCCACAAAGCCACCGUGGAGGCACUAGGUGUGCUUUCUGUGGGCCCGGUCAAUUACUCUGCAGAGAAUGGGAUGUCUACAUGUCCCCAAAGUGGAGAAUGAUUGAGUAGAGUGGCUGUAAUUUAUUAAUUAUGGUCUUUAUUCUUAGACCACGGUUCUGGCUUCAUUCAAUUUGUAUGGAUUGAGUGGUAAUUACUGUGUGUGUGUGUGUGUGUGUGUGUGUGUGUGUGUGUGUGUGUGUGUGUCUGUGUUGGGGAGAGAGAGAAAGGGCUAAAGAUCUAUUCAUGUCAUAAUUUCAAGUGCAGGUUACUUAUGUUGUUCAUCUUUAUGUCGUCUCCCAUUCUGAUAUUUGACAGUUUCAUGAAGGCCUUUGUACCAGUUUAUACGAAGAUGUUUGUUCAGGAGGAGCAGACAUGGAGCCCCAUGUGCUUUAAAAAAAAAUAAAUAAAUGAAAAAAGCCUCCUUACUCACCUUCAGCUUAUCGUGUCUACUAAUUGCAUAGCUGAGAAACAACAAUUGAGUUCCUUCAACCGUAACUUGACUACACAGUCCUGUCAGCUGAUUAACAGGAGGAAAGCCACCCAGCUAAAAAAGCUGCAAAUUCACCAAAAACAUCUCGGCUAACAAAUAAUCUGACCCUCGGUUACCGGAGACGCAUCUCGUCUCUCUGACGGCCUACAGAUUCCACACAGAUGCAGCUUGUUAAUUUAACUCCGUGCCACAUUCCUCUCUGUUUGGCCAUCUCCCGGGCUGCACGCGUCACAGGGCUGUAAUGGACAGGCUGGUGCGCCUGGUGCUUAGCACAGAAAAGAUGGAGAGGGGAGACAUCAAGCGCUUUGUGGUGAUAAUGAAUGGAGACACACAAAAGGCCAGGAGCUGCCCAUUGACCAAGCCUGCAAAUUCUGCUCUCUAAAUAGGUGAUAUUGGCAGCCGCUGUGGCUUUUUGGUCUCUUAUUGUUUAGAAAAGGAUAAUAUUCAGCCAUUUAAAGAAAAUAUAUGCAGUGUCCGUUACUGUUAAUAACAAAUUAUUUAUAAUAAACAUCACAGGAUCUUAUGGAUGCUGUAUAAAGCUGUAAUAUGGCUCAUAUAGAAGAAAACAAUCUGUAUAAACAGGAUAAUAUAUGGCCUACAAAUUCUUCAAAACUCUGUGUAUUUGUGAAUUAAUGGUUUUUGACCACAGAAAAAACAGAUGUUUUUGCCAGGUGCAACCCAAGAAAAGGAUACAGGAUCAGCCUCAGCCCACCGUUCAUCAGGGUCACCAAGUACCCCACUAAGCUUGGUGGAAAUUUCUGCACUGAAGAAAAGUUUCAAAAAAAAAGUUUUCUGAGGAAUUUCCCAGAAAGAAAGAUCUAUUAGUUGCACAACAUUUUUCAACAAAAAUGAAAAUUGUGGGGAAAUUACCAGGAUGUUCAGAUUUCUGUAAUUGCAGCAACGCUCUUGAAAGGAAACUGGAAUUGGAAAUAAUUUGCACCGGAGUGUGUGUAGGAAGCUGCAGAGGAAAGCUAACCAUGCAAUUACACAUGAGAAGAGUGCUGCAGAAUCACAAGUGUCUGUAAUGAACUAGUGAAGACACCAGCACUUAAACAGUGGAAGGCAAUGAUAAAAGCUGCCUUGUAAUAGCGUGUGAUUAAACUUGGUAAAAUCUAUUUUUUCACUCGAGCACUAAGCCACUGUGAAGAGUCCCGUGGAGAGAUUCUGCAUCUGUCAAUUUGAAGAUGACUCAAUGUGUUUCCUCCAAAUUCAUCACCCAGCAUGCAAUACCAGUCAUUUUAAAGGGCUCUUCAGGCGCUCUUUUGUUAAUUUAGUUAAACAUCAACCCGUAGAGUUCAUGUUUUACACAUUCCUACUUAACACAGGUGGAGAUUGAGUUUCAGUAAAUUUGAAUACAUGUUUAAAAUAAAGCUCCAAGCCAUUAAUAUUCAUUACAAAAUAAUUUCUCUGAAUGUGCAGUGGGCUGUGGUUGUGCAAGACACACAGUUGAUAACACUAUCUGUGAUGUC